AUGGCGAAGAAGGCUAACGCGGAGAGGCAAAAAAAGAAAAAAUACAACGAAAUCGAGCAGUAUGAGGCGAGGACGUUCAACAGAGAAAUCAGCAACAAAAUUAAGAGGAAAAGUUUCAACCUGCCAAGAGUUAAGAGGAAUGGAAUAAUCACGUAUGACGAUGACGACGAGGAUGGUGAUUACGGUGGGGGGGGAGGAGCAGCAGCAGCAGCACGGCGGAGUGGUCCCCAUAGCGGUAGCCCGGGCGAGGAACAAAGCAAAAAGAAGAGCAAAAAAUUUGAGAAGGGACAACUGAAGCUGAGGAAGAUGCUAGAAAAAAUAAAGAACAAGAAGAAAAAAAUAAAAAGUCCGCUGGAGGAAGAAAUGACCAAAAUUGAAAACAAAAUGAAACACUGCCAUGAUAUAAGAAAUGAAGUGGCAGCCAUUUCGAACAGCAUCAUUGGGAACCAGGACCUGCACAUUGAGAGGUUCGACUGCCUCUUCUUCAUCUUUAGGGAAAGCUUGGCGAAGGGGAGGGAGCUCCAGAGGAGGGCUGCCACUCGAAAUGGCACCUCCCCAGGUGGGGGCACCUCCCAAAGCACGAACAGCGAACCGCAUGCCGACGAAUUGGAGAGGAAGGCCAGGUACUACCGAAUGGCCAACACCCUCAGCUGCAUAUCCAUCUGCUCAGUGCUCAAGUGCAUAACGCCGUCGUACAAAAUUAUCGGCAGUGAAAACAUCCCAGGGGGGAAAAGAAGUUCCCACCAAGGCAGUGGAGAACAACGUAGCUCUUCAAAAGGGGAGACGAACCCACGUGUGAAUUGCAACACAGGGGGAGGAGCCCCGAAGAGUCUCUCCAAGCUGAUGCUAAGUGUAAACAAAAUAGAGCAAAGCAUAGUGAGCUACUUUAAGGAGUUCUGCGUCAUCUUAAAAGAAAACAUCCGCCACAAUGUAACUCUCUUUGUGAAUCUCUUAUGCGAAAUAGUGACGGUGAAUUUGCAUCUCUCCAGAAGUGAAGGUCUUUUUGAGUACCUCACGUUGUAUGCGAAUGUACACACCUACUCGAAGAGGAAGCACAACGUGGUGGGGGUAGCGGCGGCGAUGGCGGCGGGGAGAGGGGGGCUGACCAAAAAGGGGAAGACCAACAUGCACACCCUAUGUAUGAAGUGCCUCAACACGAUUAAAGAAAUUAUAGAAAACGAUUCUAACCUAUCCUUUACCAUAACGUUGGUGGAUUAUUUUACCAACUCUCUUUUUAAGAGGGAACAAAAUGUGAGUCCCAAUUUAUUAAAAGUUUUUUCCCAAAUUAGCAUCACCGAGAAGAAGAUCAACGCAAAGUUAUUUUCUGGUGAGGAUGUAACCGAUGGGGGGUUGGCGGAGCGGAAGGAUGAUGCGUUGAGGAUGAAGACGAACGUUUGUGGGGAGUUAAAAAUUAUUGAAAAGAACACCGAGAGGAUUUUGGACCAGCUGUUUUUAGUCUACUUGUGUGUGCUGCGGGGGCACGGGAGGCACUCCGUCGCCUUGGUGAAGGGCGCCCUGCAGGGCAUAGCCCACUACGCGCUGUACGUGAAUAAGCUCCUCAUGGACGACGUGUUCGCGGAGGUGAAGGCGCUGGCCACGGGGGGGGGCGGCGGUGUUAGAAGUGCUGACCGGGUUGGAAGCGUUGACCAUGCUGACCAUGCUGACCGCCCCGCCGUGCCCCCGCCCCUGAGACUCACCUCCGCGCGCAUCUUCCUCGAAAUGAUAAACAAAGUGACGGACGACAGCUUCUACGUCGACUGCUCUUGGGUGGCGAACACCCUCCUCUCCCUCCUGGACGUGUCGCUGCCCUAUUUCCACCUGGGCUCGGCGCACUUCCUCCUCGAGCAGCAGAAUUUCGUGUACAACAGUUUCGCCGACUUUGGGAAGUGCAGCCAGGGUGAUCCCCCCUCAGGGGGAAGGCAAAAAAACAUAGGCGAUGUGGAGAGAGCGAAAUGGAGUAACCGAGGAGGGGCAAUCCCAGGAGAGGUAAUCCCAACAGGGGAGGCACCCUUAAAAUCCAGGCACACAAGUGAGAAACAAAACUUUUGCGCAGAGCUGCUCUACUCCAUUGAGUUGCUCCUAAAAACGAAAAGCUUCACAAGUAGCUACAACACCUUCAAGUCGAAUAACAAUCAGUUGCUUGCCCGCCUCGUCUUCCAUUUGCAGAACAUCGCUGUGCACUCAGAUUAUGUAAUUUCCUUUUGUAUUCUAAGUGUGGUCCAAAGUAUUUUAGAAAAAUACCCUCUAGUCAAAUCUACUGUAGAAGAGGACGGGCUUGUAGUCUCAUCUGUUAAUGAUAAUCUGUCAAUUUUUUUUUCUAAUUUAUUGUUCCAUUCGUGUAUUUCUGAGGACUUAUCCUCCCUAUCGUUUGACAUCUCUUUGCAUAACUCUGAUGAGAGUAACAAGGCCAGUUUGAGGAGCUACAUAAGUCAGCACGUGCGGGGGAAGGACCCAAAUAAAGUCAUCCGUUUGGAUCUCUCCUUGAGUGAACCCAGAAUGGUAGACGCGGACACGUUUAUGGAGUACGCCUCGGGUGAAGGGGAUGGGCAGUCUACCCAGGGGGGGGUUAAGAAGUUGCCUGCUGCCCCCCGUGAUGUGACUGGUAGGGCGGUUAAGAGGGCAUCUUUUGGGAAGGCCCCCCUCAAAUUUACCGGCACAAGUGCGAACCUACCCGUUUACCACGUCCCCCCACAUAUGCUCACCGCGAUGGACUUUGUCGAAAUUGUUCUUUCCCCCUACGAGGAUUUUAUGAGACAUUUUCAGAAGGGCCUCGAAAGGGGGGAGGAACAAGACCCCCCCGAUGCGAGUGCCCACCGCAGCAGCAGUCACCUGGAGGGAAGCACCCCAGGGGGGGCGCUCGUCAAACAACACGGUGGGGUAAAUCGAAAGGCCAUUCGAAGGCCCAUUCGGAAGGGGUGGAAGAAGCGUCACGCGGGGAAGGGCGGCAAAAAAGCAGCUUGA